CAGAAGGAACCUUUUCCUCUCUCCCCUCAGACGGCGUUUCAGGGGCUGAGGUGGCGGCGGCGGAGUUUUUUUCGCCCGGGCGCCGGCGGGGGGGCGGCGGCGGCGGCGGACCGAGAGCCGGCGUGGGCGGUGAGAGCGGGCCAAGCCCUGAGCUCACUUCAGUUCGAGCCCAAGGGGAGCGAAACUCCGCGGCUCCUUGUCUGCCUUGCCGCCCUCCGUCGACAGAAGCUGUGGAGAGUAUGCGGGGCAGGGAGUGAGCGCGCUGAGGAGGAGGAGGAGGGGGGGAAUCGAACCCGUUUCGCCCUCAGGAGGCGUCCAUGGAAGCGGGUUGAAUUGAUUCUUAAUUGCUUUGAAGUGACAUCCUCAUUUAAGCAGCUUGGAAAGUGAGUCAUCCAUAUAAAUGCAGUAUUUUAAUGUAAAAGAAGACUGUAAAGCCAUGGCUUUCUGUGCAAAAAUGAGAAGUUCCAAGAAAAAUGACAUGAACACAGAAACUCAAGAGCAAGGACUAGAAGUAGCAUUUUAUUUACAAGAGAAGCCUUCUCUUAUAUAUACAUCUGGCUGGUACACAGCAGAAGACCUUUGCAUUGAAGCUGCCCAGAAAUGCUCUAUAUCUCCAUUAUGCCAUAAUCUGUUUGCGCUCUUUGAUGAAAGCAGAAACCUGUGGUAUGCACCAAAUAAUGUCUUCCAAAUAGAUGACAAAACUGCGCUCCGGCUUCAUUAUCGCAUGAGGUUUUAUUUUACUAAUUGGCAUGGGACAAAUGAAAAUGAGCCAUUUGUAUGGAGACAUUCACCGAAGAAAGCAAAAAAUUCUUUUGAAAAGAAACAAAUGCAAGAAGGAACACCUCUCCUUGAUGCUAAUUCGCUGGAAUAUCUUUUUGCACAGGGGCAAAAUGAUUUGGUAAGAUGUUUUGCACCUGUUCGGGACCCUAAGAAUGAUCAGGAGAUUCAUGAAAUUGAAAAUGAAUGCCUGGGCAUGGCUGUACUUGCAAUCACGCACUAUGCAAUUAAAAAAAAACUGAGGUUGCCAGAACUUCCCAGGGACAUCAGCUAUAAACGGUAUAUUCCAGAAACUCUGAACAAGACCAUAAAACAAAAGAACAUUUUAACCAGAAUACGGAUAAAUAAUGUUUUCAAGGAUUUUCUAAAGGAAUUUAACAACAAGACAAUUUGUGAUGGCAGUGUUACCCCACAUGAUCUGAAACUAAAAUACUUGUCAACAAUGGAGACGUUAACAAAAUAUUAUGGAGCGGAAAUAUUUGAGACAACUUCAUUGCAGAUUUCAUCAGAGAAUGAGAUGAAUUUCAACUUUGAUGCCUAUGACGUCAUUCCUCAAUAUGAAGUGAUGGUAACAGGCAACCAUGGAAUCCAGUGGCGACUUAAACCAUCUGUUACACAGAGUGAGAAAGAAAAACAUAAAACAAAGAGAAAAAAGUCAGACAAUAAAGCCAAGAAAAAUGAAGAAAAAAACAAGAAAGAAGAAAGGUGGAGCAGCUUUUGUUACUUCCCUGAAAUUACUCACCUUGUUAUCAAGGAUUCCGUAGUCUGGAUCUGCAGACAAGAUAACAAACGGAUGGAACUUAAACUAUCUUCACAUGAGGAGGCAUUAUCAUUUGCUGCAUUGGUGGAUGGAUACUUCAGACUUACUGCAGAUGCACACCACUAUCUCUGCACAGAUGUUGCACCACCCUUGAUAGAACACAACAUUAAAAAUGGCUGCCACGGUCCAAUUUGCACAGAAUAUGCUAUCAACAAAUUGAAGCAGGAAGGCAAUGAGGAGGGCACGUAUGUGCUGAGGUGGAACUGUACUGACUUCAAUAACAUCCUCUUGACUGUAAUAUGUACAGAAGACUCACAGCAACUGAUAAAUCCUCCCAAACAUUACAAGAACUUCCAAAUUGAAAUGAAAAAAGAUGGCUGUCUCUUACAUGGAUCUGAUAAAUUCUUUCCAUCUUUGAAGGAAUUGAUGGACCAUUUAAAAGGGCAGGUCCUUAGAACGGAUAAUAUAGUCUUCACUCUCAAGCGAUGCUGUCAGCCUAAACCAAGAGAAAUCUCCAACUUGCUAGUGGCUACAAAAAAAUCUCAAGAAUGGCAGCCAGUUUGCCCUUUAGGUCAGUUGAGCUUCCAUCGAAUCCUUAAAGAAGAAAUCAUGCAAGGUGAACAUCUUGGGAGAGGAACAAGAACCCAGAUUUACUCUGGAAUUCUAAGCUAUAAGGAUGAUGAAAGCUAUCAAAAUGAAAAAGAGAUGAAAGUUCUCCUUAAAGUCUUGGAUCCCAGCCACAGAGACAUUUCUCUGGCAUUUUUUGAGACAGCAAGUAUGAUGAGGCAGAUUUCCCAUAAACACAUCGUCCUCCUUCAUGGAGUUUGUGUCCGGGAUGUGGAAAAUAUUAUGGUGGAAGAAUUUGUUGAAUUUGGGCCUCUGGAUCUUUUUAUGCACCGCAAAAGUGACAAGCUUACAACUCCGUGGAAAUUCAAAGUGGCAAAACAGUUGGCAAGUGCAUUAAGCUAUCUGGAGGACAAAGAUCUAGUACAUGGAAAUGUGUGCACAAAAAACAUAUUAUUGGCAAGAGAAGGAAUUGACAAUGAAUAUGGACCUUUCAUUAAACUGAGUGACCCAGGAAUUCCAGUUACAGUGUUGUCCAGACAAGAGUGUGUUGAGCGCAUCCCUUGGCUUUCACCAGAAUGUGUGGAAGACUCUAAAAAUCUAAGUGUGGCAGCAGAUAAGUGGAGCUUUGGUACAACUUUGUGGGAGAUUUGCUACAAUGGAGAAAUACCUUUGAAAGACAAGACCUUAGCAGAGAAGGAGAGGUUUUAUGAAGGACAUUUCACACUUCCAGCCCCAUCUUGCAAGGAGCUAGCUGAUCUGAUGAAGCAAUGCAUGCACUAUGACCCUAAUCAGAGACCAUUCUUCAGAGCAAUUAUGCGAGAUAUCAACAAGCUAGAAGAAAAGAAUCCUGAUAUUGUUUCGGAGAAAAAGCCUAAUGCAGAAAUUGACCCUACCAUUUUUGAAAAAAGGUUCUUGAAGCGGAUUCGUGACUUAGGCGAGGGUCAUUUUGGCAAAGUUGAACUCUGCAGGUAUGAUCCUGAAGGCGAUAAUACAGGAGAACAAGUAGCAGUAAAGUCACUAAAACCUGACUGUGGUGGGAACCAUAUUGCUGACCUAAAGAAAGAAAUUGAAAUUUUGAGGAAUCUUUAUCAUGAAAACAUUGUGAAAUAUAAAGGCAUCUGCACUGAAGAUGGUGGAAAUGGAAUUAAGCUUAUUAUGGAGUUUCUUCCUUCCGGAAGUCUAAAGGAAUAUCUUCCCCGAAACAGGAGUAAGAUCAGUCUGAAACAACAAUUGAAAUAUGCUGUACAAAUCUGCAAGGGAAUGGACUAUUUGGGUUCCCGACAGUAUGUUCAUCGAGACUUAGCUGCAAGAAAUGUUCUUGUUGAAAACGAGCAGAGAGUGAAGAUUGGGGACUUUGGGCUGACCAAAGCAAUUGAAACUGAUAAGGAAUAUUACAAAGUCAAUGAUGAUCGAGACAGCCCUGUGUUCUGGUAUGCCCCUGAAUGCUUAUUACAGAGCAAAUUCUAUAUUGCGUCAGAUGUUUGGUCUUUUGGAGUGACCCUCUAUGAACUAUUGACCUACUGUGAUUCUGAGUGCAGUCCAAUGGCAGAAUUCUUGAACAUGAUUGGCCCAACUCAAGGCCAGAUGACAGUCACACGGCUUGUACGUGUACUAGCAGAAGGCAGACGCUUGCCAUGUCCCAAAAAUUGCCCAGAAGAGGUUAACCAGCUGAUGAGGAAGUGCUGGGUACAUGAGCCAGGGGAUAGGACAACGUUUAAAAAUCUGAUUCAAGGAUUUGAAGCACUUAUGAAGAAGAUGUAAUUUGGCAUUUUAUACUGUUACUUUUAAAGUAUAUAUAAGAAUUUUUGUUAUUACCUGUUAUAAUUUUGUAUUUUGGUAAUGCAAUGUUUAAAGCGGCUUCUUUUCUCUGUUUUCCUGUUUUGAGUAGGAUCCAAGCAGCAGAAAACAUUGUUGAGCACUUUCCUAAUUAAGAGCUAUGCUAUUCUUAAAAUUGGCAUGGUUCCAUAAUUUUGAACCUGACUCGUUAUUGAGAUCAAUAUUAUGCUUGUUGACUCAACCUAAAUCAUUUUGAGAACCAUAGCCUUAAAACAAAGGUUGUUAAUAAUUUGCUUGUAAACUAUUUAAAUCAUGUUGAAUUAAAAAAUGAAAACAAUCUG